AUGAAAGUUUUAGUUUUUUGGAUAGAGAGUAAAGUAACGAGUAUUGUGAGCGAUGAAAAUCUGUUUCCGGAUACGAAUGAGGGGGAAAUAACAACGGUUCUCUAUAAAGAUGGUAGAAAAUAUCAGGCCAAGAUCGUCAAAAAAAGUCAUGACGAAAGAUACUUAAAUUCAUUGCACGUAUCUGUCGAGGAUGGAACAAUAAUGAAUAAAAAAUUAACCUCCAAAGCUCCCCCGAAAAUGCCGUCAAAAAAUGCCAAGCUUGAAAUUAGAAAAAAAACGAAAGCAAUGAAAAGUGCUGCAAAUUUGAAAACUUUGUGUUCCGCUUCGAUUUUUGAGGAGUCUAGCGAAGAAGAUUGUACCACCGAAAUAAAAGAUACAUUAAAUCAAAAGAGAACGUACGAAGAUAUUGAAAAAGAGUCCUAUGAAGAAGUCGAGAAUAAGCGACGAAAGGAAGAGAGUGAUGAAUCGGAGGAACGGAUCGAAACGGAAUCGGAAAGUGAAUCUGAAGGAGAAAAUAAAAGAGCACCUAUGAGAAAUGAAGAGAAUGAUCAGAAUGAGAAAGGCGCGGCCGAAGAAAGAGCACGAGAGGAUGAAGAGAUCAGAGAGCGAGCAAGAGAGGAAGAAGAAGCAAAAAGGAGAGCACAAGAGGAAGAAACUGAAAUGGAAAAUCAAAAUUUGGGCGAGUUCGAGGAAGAAAAAGAAAAUAUUGACCGUGGAGCACCUGCACGAAGAGCGAAUCGAAACGCGAUGCAUGACGAGAGACGCAGACAAUUCGAACGUCUUGGUCGUGUGGACGAAGCCAUGGAUCCUUUAUUGAAAUGCCGUCUAGCAGGAGAUGGAAGAGUUCAGUUGUCUCGAAUGUACAAUGUUUGGAUAGGAGAGACCGAACUUGCCUGGGUCCAAAGGUGGCGACACAAUCCAAGAGAAAUGACCAGGCGAUUGUUGAAAAUUAUUGUUGGGGCGGAUAAUUUAAGGUAUAUGUGCGCAAGAGGAUUUUCUGGAGAUCCGAAUAUUCAUGCCGUGCCUCAAGACAUUAUGGAUGUCGUUGAAUUUUACGUUAAUAGAAGGUGCGACUCUGCGCUGACUCCUUCUCAGUUUACCUCUGUAGUCAACCUGAUGAUCGGCACAUUAAGAAAUCCGCAUCAAUGA